UCGCACUGGAGACCGGAGACUUGAAAGUCCAGCCGUUUUAAGUGGCAACAGCUCCAGCCCCGCCAGCUGCAACCAAAAGAAGAAAAAAGAAAAAGAAAGAAAGCCGAGAACUUCACAAGCGCAGGUUGUCGCUGCGGCGGCAGGAGUUGCUCCACCAGGGAGAAGGUCCUGAGCAGCAUGGCCCGGAGAAGCGCUGUCCCAGCUUUUGCGCUCUGGCUCUGGAGCAUCCUACCUUGCCUACUCCUCCUGCGAGCAGAUGCUGGGCAGCCGCCAGAGGAGAGUUUGUACCUGUGGAUCGACGCCCAUCAGGCAAGAGUGCUCAUAGGAUUUGAAGAAGAUAUUCUGAUUGUCUCAGAGGGGAAAAUGGCCCCCUUCACACAUGAUUUCAGGAAAGCCCAACAGAGAAUGCCAGCCAUUCCUGUCAAUAUCCACUCCAUGAAUUUUACCUGGCAAGCUGCGGGGCAGGCAGAAUACUUCUAUGAAUUCCUCUCUCUUCGCUCCCUGGAUAAAGGCAUCAUGGCAGACCCAACUGUCAAUGUCCCUCUGCUGGGAACAGUGCCUCACAAGGCAUCAGUUGUUCAGGUUGGUUUCCCGUGUCUUGGCAAACAGGACGGUGUGGCAGCAUUUGAAGUGAACGUGAUUGUCAUGAACUCUGAAGGCAACACCAUCCUUCAGACCCCUCAAAAUGCUAUCUUCUUUAAAACAUGUCAGCAAGCUGAGUGUCCCGGAGGAUGUCGGAACGGAGGCUUCUGUAACGAAAGGCGGGUCUGUGAGUGUCCUGAUGGCUUCUACGGGCCUCACUGUGAGAAAGCCCUCUGCAUACCUCGGUGUUUGAACGGCGGCCUGUGCGUCACUCCUGGCUUCUGCAUCUGCCCACCUGGAUUUUAUGGAGUCAACUGUGAUAAAGCUAACUGCUCGACUACUUGCCUUAAUGGGGGUACCUGCUUCUACCCAGGGAAAUGCAUUUGCCCUCCAGGACUCGAGGGAGAGCACUGUGAGAUGAGCAAAUGCCCACAGCCCUGCCGAAAUGGAGGAAAAUGCAUUGGGAAAAGCAAAUGCAAAUGUUCCAAAGGUUACCAAGGAGACCUCUGUUCUAAGCCGGUCUGCGAGCCUGGCUGCGGAGCUCACGGAACCUGCCACGAGCCCAACAAAUGCCAGUGUCGAGAAGGCUGGCACGGAAGACACUGCAAUAAAAGGUACGGAGCCAGCCUCAUGCAUGCCCCGAGGCCAGCAGGCGCCAGGCAGGAGCAGCGCACGCCUCCCCUUAAAAAGGCCGAGGAGCCGCGGGAUCCACCUGAAUCCAAUUACAUCUGGUGAACUCCACCAGCUGAAACGGUUCAAGUUACACUAAGUUCGUAGCCUUCGUUAACCUUUCAUGUGUUGAACGUUCAAGUGAUGCUCAUUACACUUUAGAAUACUGGCCUGAAUUUUAUUAGCUUCGUUAUAAAUCACCGAGUUGAUAUUUACUCUUCCUUUUAGGCUUUCUAAGUAUGUCUGGCAUGGUGGUAUAGAUUUUCCUCCGUCGGUCCUUUGGAACAGAUCUUACGUCAGUUGAUCACGUUAAAAAUUUGUGUUUUUGGUGUGUAGUUGGCAGAUAUUUGAAAAUUAAAACGCACUUGUGGUAUGAGGGUGGGGAAUAUUAGAGGGUUAAACUGGCAAAGAUACAUGAACCACAAGGGUUUGGAUAAAGCAGUUAAUAGUA